AUGCCGCCAAAACGCCAAAAGACCUCUGAUUCGGCGUCGACACCCGAUCCCAAGAGGCGUGUCACGCGCUCAUCUGCUAGAACAAACACAAGAGAUGCGGAGGACUUACCAGACUCACCAAUCGACUCGCCCGAGGCCGAACCAACCGUGUCGAAAGAAACGCGCGCGCCCAAGCCUAAGAAGCGUUCACAAAAGGAUGCGGAACCAGAGCCAGACGCGCAGCCCGAUGAAGAGAAAGACCAAGAACCUCAGAAUCGUACAAACCUCACCAUCACGCACGACCUCGUCAAGAAACCAAUCGAAUGCCACCAAUACACUCCAACAUCAUCGUCAUCCAGCCCAUCACCAACCCUAAUAUUCACUCACGGCGCGGGCGGCACACUCUCCGCCGACGCCGUAGUAAACUUCUGCACCGGAUACUCUUCUUCUCUCCCCAUUCUCGCUUUCCAAGGCUCCAUGAACCUCAAAGCGCGGACCAAGGGCUUCCACGCAUGUAUUGAUGAGCUGAACUCCAGUCAAUCGACUGCACUAAAGGGAGCAAAAGAGAACACGGCUGGAUCAAAAACACUGUUACUAGGCGGACGAAGUAUGGGUGCGCGCGCUGCUGUCAUCGCUGCUACCGAACAUCUCGCCUCGCUAGACGACAAAGAAGCAGAAGCGUUGAACUUACAGCUCAUACUCGUUUCCUACCCACUCUUCGGCCCAAAAGAAGAUCUGCGCGACCAAAUCCUGCUCGAUCUACCGAAGACUGUCCGCAUACUCUUCAUCAGUGGCGACGAAGACGCCAUGUGUCCCAUCGAUACGCUGAACGAAACGAGGGAUAAGCUGACGGCGAAAUCGCAGCUUGUCGUUGUAACCGAUGCGAAUCAUGGGAUGAAUGUCGUACCGGCUAGUAGGACGCAAAGAGUGGGAGAAGAGACAGGACGAUGGGCAGCGCGAUGGGUGCAAGGGGAACCUAUGGAUGAUGAGACAUACAUCGAUGAGCUGGAGGGCGAAGAACCUUGGAAGUAG